AUCUCAAUAAACUAGACCGUACGUUACAGCGCAACCUUUAUAUUAGUAUGCAGCUUAUGUGCCGUCAGCUGGUCUGCCAAUGUCGCUCGAUUCCACCACGUCAGCUGCCAGCUGCUAGGCGUACGACCACUGGAACGGUUCAUCCAAAUGUCGUACGAUCGUCCACCCCCGUAAUGUCCUCCAAAAAAUCACGUAUUCUUUCGCAUUAUCUUCACGCCCCAGUCAGCAAGCAACCAACAGUCCAAGGAUUCUUACUAACCACACUCCAAUCGGGGUAUAUAAAGCACGCACGAAAUGUUUGGAAAUCAGUUCACUUGCUAACGCAUCCACAGCAGCAUUUGCCUUUCUUCUCCAACGCAAACCACCCAAAACCAAACCCAAUCAAAAUGUUCAAGAUUGUGUGCCUGUUCGCCAUCAUCGCCGUUGCUUCCGUUUCGGCCAAGGCUGACCCAAAGCCGGGCGUACUGGCCUAUGCUGCGGCGCCGGCCGCUUAUGUCGCUGCUGCCCCGGCCGCCUACGUCGCUGAGGGUGCCGCAGUGUACGAGCGUACCUUCCACGGAAACACUGCGCCGCUGGCUUACACCUAUGCCGCUCCCUACGUGGCGGCUGCUCCGGUUGCAUACUCCUCGCCGUACGUUGCCGCCGCUCCGGCUCAGGUGCUGCUGAAGUAAAUUGGAAAAAAACGUGACCAGAUAACCAUCGGAUGUUUGUUACCGCUCUGCAAUAGUGAAGUUGUAAAUACUCUUUUGUUGACUGAAUGAAUUCACGCAUUUGCUGUCUCUAAA